UUUCUUUCAUUACUUAAAUACCACCCUCUUUCCACUCACCCCUUCAAUCCACUCCACUCUAGCACACAAAACUUGCUAUAGCAGUAAGCUAUAACUCAUUUGAGGCUCUGUGAGAAUUGAGAAAUGGCUAAAGAUGUUGAGGUUCAAGAGCAAGGAGGAGAGUACUCUGCCAAAGACUACCAUGACCCUCCUCCAGCACCUUUGUUCGACCCAGAGGAGCUCACACAGUGGUCCUUCUAUAGAGCCCUCAUCGCUGAGUUCAUAGCAACCCUUCUCUUCCUUUAUGUUACUGUGCUCACCAUUAUUGGCUACAAAAGGCAGACUGAUACAACGGUAGGUGGCACCGAGUGUGAUGGGGUUGGCAUUUUGGGCAUCGCUUGGGCCUUUGGUGGCAUGAUCUUCAUCCUUGUUUACUGCACCGCCGGUAUUUCAGGAGGACACAUAAACCCGGCGGUGACAUUCGGGUUGUUCCUAGGACGCAAGGUGUCGUUGAUAAGGGCGUUGUUGUACAUGGUGGCACAGUGUGCCGGUGCUAUCUGUGGUACUGGAUUGGCCAAGGGGUUCCAAAAAGCAUACUACAACAGGUAUGGAGGUGGUGCCAACUCUGUUGCUGAUGGCUACAACAAUGGUACUGCUUUGGGUGCUGAGAUUAUUGGUACCUUCGUUCUUGUCUACACUGUCUUCUCUGCCACUGACCCUAAGAGGAACGCUAGGGAUUCCCAUGUUCCUGUACUGGCGCCACUUCCUAUUGGAUUUGCCGUGUUCAUGGUUCACUUGGCUACAAUCCCAAUUACUGGUACUGGCAUUAACCCAGCAAGGAGUUUCGGAGCAGCUGUAAUCUACAACGAAGACAAAAUCUGGGAUGAUCAGUGGAUAUUCUGGGUUGGACCAAUUGUUGGAGCAGCAGUGGCUGCAUUUUACCACCAAUACAUCCUUAGAGCAGCAGCUAUCAAGGCUCUUGGAUCCUUCAGGAGCAACGCUUAAUUAAUUAAUCAAUUAAGCUAGCUACCUUGAUUAAUUUGCCAACAAGGGCUAUGCAUGGUGUUUCCCCCGAAGAAUAAUAAUUUCUAUGUUGAGGAGUGCUAGUGAUCUGUCUAUGCAGUUCCCUAAUUUAGGCUUUUUCGUCUUUUCCUCUCAUCAGCUACAGUUGUUGGGGGUGUUUGGAAGAGAAGGCCAAAACCAUGGGGGCAUGCAUCAAAUUGUAGAUAAGCAUGCUUGUGUCCAAGGGUGUAUUUUGUAUCCCUUUUGUGUCUUUUCUUUUUCUUUUUCUUUUUUUUAAUUUCCAUGUAUGUAUUCCUUGAGUGUUCCUUUUCUGUCUUGUGCAUCCUUAGUCAUUUCUCAUUUUACUCUUCAUAAUUAAGUACUCAUCUUCUCUUGUUUAUUAAAGCUUUAUUAAUCAUCAUCUAUGAAUGUAAUGUACCUUGACUUGAGUAAUAUUUAUAUAUAUUAUGUUGCUGGUUUUU